AUGGACCAACCGGCAGGCCCAGGGAGAGAGCCCGGCCCCAGUGCACGCAGCUGUCAUACAUGCAACCGGAAGAAAAUCCGGUGUAGCAAAACCCAGCCGUGCGAGGCUUGCCUCAAGCUGGGAGUGGAGUGCGUCUUCCCCGGCCCGGGUCGUGCCCCAAGACGAAGGAAGCGCCCGCUGAAGGCCGAGCUAGUGAGCCGAUUGAAACAUCUCGAGGAAGAAAUCCAAGACCUCGGUGACCGAUCUCACGCUACUGAAUUACCGAGUCGAGAGACCGGAGAACCCGUUGCUUCCCAUGUACCGGAAAAUGACGAGGUCGCCAACCUUGACCUUCCUCCGGUCCCAGAGAGGCAUACACACAGCGGGCGUGGGAGGUUGAUUAUCGGUCGAAGGUCCAGUCGAUAUGUCACGCACGAGGCCCUGGUCAGCCUCGGCGAUCAAGUCAAAGAACUCCAGGAUCUGUUAGACACAGAACAUCCAGGAGAACGCGCACAAGAGGAGUCGGAGCCUGAGUAUUUGGAGAGCGGCAAUUUCUUUCUUUUUGGAUACUCGUCAGGUCUGCACUCCCUGGAAGAUUAUCAUCCCAGCCGAAUCAAUAGCGAGCUGUUGUGGACCGCCUACGAAGAGAAUGUGGCGCCCAUGGCCAUGCUCUUCCACAAACCCACACUACGCAAGCUGAUCUGCAAAGCCUCGACCAACGCCGGGCAUCUCGAUAAGAAAUCCGAGGCGCUCGUCUUUGCAGUGUACUUAGCAGCUGUCACCAGCAUGAAACCACAGCAGUGCCAGGACCACUUCGGAGAAGAUCAUUCGACCAUCGUCCAGCGCUUUCGCUUCGCUACCCAGCAAGCUUUGACGCGCGCAGGCUUCCUGCAAACCCGAGACUUUACCGUUCUCCAAGCUGCAGUUCUUUUCUUGAUCGUUCUCCGCUCACCAGGAGACUUGGAGUUUGUCUGGACGAUGACCGCUGCUGUGCACCGGCUAGCCCAGGGCCUGGGACUGCAUCGCGACGGGACAAAUUUCGGGCUCAGUCCCUUCGACACUGAAAUGCGCCGGCGGUUGUGGUGGUAUAUUGUCAUUCUCGAUUUUCAAACAUCCGAAUACCAAGCUAUCAACAGCCAGAUCCAGGAGAAAAGCUAUGACGUCAGAUUCCCGUUGAACAUCAACGACGCGGAUAUCGCACCCGAUACUGCCGAAACGCCUACCGAGUAUAACGACUUUACGGAAAUGACCUUUUGCUUGAUCCGAUGUGAGAUUUCAGUGGCUCACCGUCGUAUUCUCAGCAACAAAUCUGGCGUAGGUCCCGAGGCGUGCCCUCUGCAAGAAAAUUUGCAUCUUCUUGGCCAGCUUUGCCGCCGGCUGCAGGAACAGCAUCUCAAGUUUUGCGAUGUAUCAGUGCCACUCCAGUGGGUGGCUGCAACAGUUGCACGUUUAGCCCACGCCAGAUCAUGGUUGGUGGCUCACCUCCCCUGGCUGAACACGGAGGAGCUGGCUCCAGGAUCGCCCAAGCGAGACCAGUUGUUCCAGACGGCCACUGAAGUGGUCGAAUUUGCGUAUCUGCUGGAGACCAACGACAAAACAACGAAAUGGGGGUGGCUGUUCGAGGCAUACAUGCAAUGGCACGCGGCUGUGUUCGUUUUGUCGGAGCUCUGCAUUCGUCCGAGGUCUGUGGAUACUGACAAAGCUUGGAUAGUCAUGGACCAGGCUUAUGCCCUGUGGAAGAAGAAGGAAUUUCAGAAGGGUGGAAUGAUGCUGAGACCUAUCUCGUCUCUUAUGGAGCGAGCUGCCAUCACACAAGGACGCCAACAGCCUGCACCAGAGGGUCUUUUCAGCCAUCCUGAGGACCACGGAUUAUCCUCGGAUGCUUUAGCUGGUUCUAUGUUGGACCCUAUGUCUUUGGAGGCGGAUUCCUCCCUACCGACGAACUUUUUGGCGUAG